AUGGCACUGCCCGAGGAGCUGUACGACACCCCCGCCUCCAGGCUGGACUCCUUCCUGGUGCAGCGGCUGCAGCCCAGCCGGGAGUGGAAGGAGGAGGUGCUGGAGGCGGUGAAGACGGUGGAGCAGUUCCUGAGGGAAGAGCCCCUGCAGGGAGCGUGUUGGCCGGACCAGGAGGUGCGGGUGCUGAAGCUGGUGAAGGUGGGCCCCUUCGGCACGGGCACGGCGCUGCGGGGCGUGGCGGAGGUGCGGCUGGUGGCCUUCCUGAGCGGCCUCCGCAGCUUCCAGGAGGCGGCCCGGUGCCACCAGGCGGCGCUGCGGCUCCUGCGGGGGGCGCUGUGGACCUGCCGGGACCUGCUGGACCUCGGGCUCGAGGGCCUGGAGGUGGCCCCGGGCGUCCCCGACGCUCUCGCCUUCACCAUCUGGACCCGCUGGACCCGGGAGCCGGUCACCGUCACCGUCGUGCCCGCCCACCGGGCCCUGGGGCCCUCGGCUCCCAGCUCGCCGCCGCCCCCCGAGGUCUACGAGCGCCUGGCCGCAGCCUGCCCGGACCCCGGCCGCCUCUCGCCGUCCUUCUGCGAGCUGCAGCGGGACUUCGUGAAGUACCGGCCCGCCAAGCUCAAGGGGCUGCUGCGGCUGGUGAAGCACUGGUUCCUGCGGUAUGUGAAGGCCAGGAGCCCCCGGGCCGCGCUGCCCCCGCUCUACGCCCUGGAGCUGCUGACCAUCUACGCCUGGGAGGUGGGCACGCAGGAGAGCGAGAGCUUCGGCCUGGACGAGGGCCUCGCCACGGUGAUGGAGCUCCUGCAGGAGCACGCGUCCCUGUGCAUCUUCUGGACCACGUUCUACACCCUGCAGAGCCCCGUGGUCGAGGCCGUGGUCAGACAGCAGCUCCAGAGAGCGCGACCCAUCAUCCUGGACCCGGCCGACCCCACCCACAACGUGGCGGAAGGGUACAGAUGGGACAUAGUGGCCCAGAGGGCCAGCCAGUGCCUGAAGCAGGACUGUUGCUAUGACAGCGAAGACAACCCGGUCCCCAGCUGGAAUGUGAAGAAGGCACGAGACAUCCAGCUGAUGGUGGAGCAGGGGGGCCGGCCGGAUUGCGUCCUCACGGUGAACCCGUAUGACCCCAUAAGGAAGGUUAAGGAGAAGAUCUGGCGGGGGCAGUGCUCCUCGGGCGUGCAGCAGCGUCUGUCCUUCCAGACUCCCGGCGGCGAGCGGAAGCUCCUCGGCAGCCGCGGCUCCCUGGCCAAGUUCGGGAUAUUCUGCGACACGCGCGUCUACCUGCUGGAGACCGUCCCCCCCGAGAUCCAGGUCUUCGUGAAGAACCCGGAAGGCGGGAGCCACGCCUACGCCAUCGACCCCAACAGCUACGUGCUGGGCCUGAAGCAGCAGAUAGAAGACAGGCAGGGGCUGCUCCGGAAGCAGCAGGAGCUGCAGUUCCUGGGCCAGGUCCUGCAGGACUGGUCGGCCUUGGGGAGCUACGGCAUCAAGGACAGCGACACCCUCAUCCUGUCCAAGAAGAGAGACACAGAUUUCCCAUUUCUGCCCUGCUGCCUUCCCCAGGGGACCCUCUCUGGGCGUCCCGCCCUCUAG